UCCAACGAAGAUAUGACACUUGCAGCAGCAAGUGCUCAGUGCAUUUUUGUUAAUAUCCAAAAUGUUUAAAAUACCGAACAAAUUUCUCAUUUUCCUCGGAAUUUAUUAUUCCUCGAUUUAUGGAAGCGCGCAAGACUGUCCCGAAUUCGUAGGUCUGGGUGGCAGUUGCGUCUGCUCAAAGUGUUUUCCCCCUUUGCAGUGUUCCACAAAUAAAAUAUGCAGUCAAGCCAAAUGUGACUCCAACCAGUGGGCGAAUCUCCCUUGGAGUCCCUCAUGCGAAGAUGAUGGCUCUUAUUCACCGAAACAGUGCAAGGGUGAAGAUGCUACUGGUAGAUGUUUCUGUUACAAUCAGGAUGGAAAGAGAAUUUUUGGGUGGUCUUGGUUGAAAGACGCUGAAAAUAUGACUUGUGCCUGCAGCCGACGAAGAGAGGAAUUGGCGGCCACUAGACCAGAUCUGUCCCUUCAUUGUUCAGAAAACGGUAAUUACGAGUCAUUGCAGUGUGAUAAUGGUUUAUGCUGGUGUGCCAAUCCAAAAACUGGACAGCCCGUGGAGAGGAUCUUCCCAGAAUCCAUGAUGAGAUAUUUAUCCUGCUAUGACGGGGAUGAUGUAGGGAGUAAAUACUGGCGUCAGUGCGAGAGCAAGAAAAUUGCACGUCAAAAGAUUCUGGUGAAACUGAGAGCCCAUGGACGAGUUUUCUCAUUUAUCGAUGAAGCACUUUGCGAUGGUGAUGGCAGUUUUGCCUCUUACAGGGUUGACAGGAAAACGGUAUUUUGCACCUGGAAGGACUCCAGCAGACUUGAGAAUUAUCAAACGCCCAUUGGAUCCGUCAGGAACAUGAACUGCAACUGUGCGAGAGACACGAGAAUUUUUAAUGAUGAAGGGCUGGAGAAUCUCUUGACCUGUGAAACCAAUGGGAAUUACGAGGCCCUUCAAUUCAGCAAUGGACGUCCCUUUUGCGUGGACAGCGAUGGGUAUGCCAUCACGAGUCUUGGAGGAUGGGGUGAUGCGUCGUGUCCCGUGAUUUCAAGAUAAUUAUAAUUCUGGUCCGACGAAUUAACGUACCCCAGGGAAUUCGAUGAUGGAAAAAUUCAUCUGCUAAAAAAAUGCCUGAAAUAUUCCAUUCUCUUCCGUCUUUUCCUUUCCUUCUAUCCUACCCUCUCACCAAAUCCAAAAUUGAUUUCCCAAUAAUCAAUAAAUCAAUUUUGGUAGUCUCUUGACAAUAAUUUAUUAUUACUACGAAGAACGUCGAAGAAGUUCAAAGAAGUCGGAGUUUCCUAAAUGAUUUUUCGCCACAUAAAUAAUAUUAUGAUGACAUUUUCCAAUGAACAUUUUGUAUUUUUUAAAUGGCAUAAAUAAUUGAAGAGAUAAUUUCUUCAAGUUUGCAAUAUUUUGUUGUGCAAUCGUUCUACUGUCAAACAUACGGCAUAAUGAUAAUCAAUUAGUUAUUUUUUAGCAUUUUUCAAUUUAAAUUGGAGAAAAAAAACACUCAGAUACAAGGCUUAUUAGCUCAGUUGGUUAGAGCGUCGUGCUAAUAACGCGAAGGUCGCGGGUUCGAUCCCCUCAUAAGCCAAUUUUUUUUUCUUUUCGCCAUUAAAAUCCUCAUAUGAUUCAAUACGAAAGAUUCCAACGAAAAAAUUGAAAUUCCAGCCGUCAAAAAUAUUUUUUUGACUUGGAUUACCUCAUGAUAUUCAUCAAAUCAUUCGAUCUACCUUCGGAUAUUGUACGUCUGGGAUAGCGGAUAAAUAAACUACACUCAGGAGUGGGGCAUCCAUCGGGGAAGGCAUGAGAUUACUACGUGGGCACCCGAUAUAAGUAUGAACUGUUUAAUUAUAAUUCAUAAUUAUAAACUUAAUUAUAGAAUUUGCUGUAUAAAGGAUUGCGGAGUGUUCAUGCUUGUACCGAGUACAAGCAAUAAUUGAGUACGUCAAUAAUUUCCAAAGGAGAUCGAUUGGUAUUGCUGUUGAGUGAGUAAACAAAAAUAUACCUAAUAUAAAAUGUAAUUCAAUAUAAAGUUCCGCGGUGGGGAGUAAUAGUCAUUUACCUCUGAUGUACCUUUCGACAUUCUUACUAUAAUUAGCCGCGGGGCCAAG